GGGGGGUGGUUUGGUAUUGUUUUUUUUUCCUGCUGCUGCUUAUUUACUUUAGAAGUAGAUAACGAUUGGGUUGGGGAUGGGAAAACGUAUUGGGGGAAAUGGUUCUUGUAAUGUUCUCUUAAAACUUAGAGCUGCCAAACUUCAUGCCAGUGAGCAAAUAAGCUCUCUGUGGCAGUUCCCCUGUAACCGUAAGAUGCUCAAAUUGGAGUUCCACUGUUCAUCCAUAAGUGUUCUAACAGCUCAUUUUUGUGCACACUUAAAUAUUGAGGAGAAAAAAUUAGUAUUGCACACCAAAAACUUUGAGAGGAAAUUGGAUGCGAUGGUGUCAAUUGAUUAUGGGAAUUAGUUCCUAUUAGGUUAAGUUGUGAUGUGCAGUGGAACUCUGGGCCCUUGUUCUCUCUGCUACAGUGCCCCUACAAUACACGCAAAUCUACCAGUCACAUAUUUGAGCUUUUCUAGGGUGGGGGGAACAAAAAUGGAGAUUUGUGUGACUAGAGGAGAGAACAGGGGCCAGAUUGCAGGAUAUCUUGGCAGCUACCUGCAUUUUCCUUUUCUUGCAUUGGACACUGCCAGCAAACACCGAAAAGCAUAUAAUGCCUUUUUGUUAGCUGGCAGUGGCUAGGCUGUAAGAAUUGAGUGUGUGCCUGUGUGUGCGCGUGCCUGUGUCUGUGCGUGUGUGGAUGAUCAUGUGUGGAUUUGCUUUGAAGGAUGAGGGAGAGGGCAUCUUACCACAAAAGUGACAGAAUUUGUCUCAUUCUUCAAAGAUUUUUUGUUUGUUUGUUUUUUUAAGGGAUGUUUGUGGGUGGGAGAUUGCUGCCCGAAUGCAUCCAAUUCUUGCCUCAACUGUAAGGUGGUUAACUCCAUAACCCUACCGUUUACAGUGGAGUUGCAGGAUAUGGAUGCAUUAGCUUGGGGAGGGAUGGUAGUAGAAAGACUACCUGGAAUAGUCAUAUGUUUUGGUUUAUUAAAAUAAAAAUUUGUAUGCCCUUCAAUUGAGCCAGGAUAUGUUUCCCCAUUUUCAAAUUCGUGUAACUUUGCGGAAUUUACGCUGAAAAAAAAAAAAAUGUUGGCUAUUUGUUUUCUGCCCCACCAAAACAUUCAAUUGGCAAUUUCACAGUGAGUUAUUUAUAUUUCAAUAAGGGUCUGUGGUAAGUUAAAUGCUGUGGUACCAUCUGACGUGACUUCAAGUGUCUUGAAAGUUUUUGUUCGGAAAUAAAACUCACUGUAAUCCACUCUUGCUGUCUUAAUGUUCAUAUGAAAGUACCCCAACCCCAUCCUCUCUCUAAAUGUUAUACAUUUACUAAAUUAGGCUGAGAUAUAAAUGUAUUUUUGACCUUAAAACUUUAUACGUCCUAGGCUAUAAAAGAAGUCUGCAACUGUUGUGUAAUUGAUAAGCACACAUGGGUUGCAUGCCAUUAGAUGACCUUGGGACCGAUGUGCGCACUGAUGCCCCAUCUGUUUUGCCUGCAUAUUACUAACUAUAGAGGGCUCCAACUCCCCACUGCGGGACUUUACAUCGUGUGGUGGAGAACGUCAAAUUUAUUGCAUCUAUUACGUUUUGCGCAGAUGUUUUGGAUGUCUCUCCGGAUUAUGAAUUUAGUAGGCUUAGUAUUUUGCCUUCUCUUUGCCCAAGGUGAUGUGUUACCACCUCCCUGUGACAGUGAAAUUUACUGCACUGGAGAACUGUUGAGACAAGUGCAGACCGCUAGACUCUUUGACGAUGACAAGUACUUUGUGGAUAUGAAGUUGCUGGCUGCCCCAGAUGUAGUGCUCCAGGCUUUUCACAACUUGACAUCUGGAGUUCAGGAUCAGACGAUCAUACCUGCCAAACUGAGAGAGUUCCUGAUGAAGUUCUUUGAUGCCCCAGGGAAGGAGUUUGAGACUUGGACCCCACUAGACUGGCGUGAAAAACCUCAGUUCCUUUCAAAGAUUAAAGACCCAAAGCUGUAUAACUGGGCGGCUGAGCUUCAUCGCCUGUGGAAGUCCUUGGGUCGAAAGAUUACCACGGAUGUGAAGGAUCACCCUGAGUUGUACUCACAAAUCUACACUCCUAACCCAGUCAUCAUUCCAGGAGGGCGUUUCAGGGAACUGUACUACUGGGACUCCUACUGGAUAAUCAAUGGCCUCCUCCUGUCCGAGAUGACAGACACUGCCCGAGGGAUGAUUGAGAACUUUUUAUACCUGGUCGACAGGUACGGUUUUGUUCCAAACGGAGGCAGGAUUUAUUAUGAGCGUCGUAGUCAGCCCCCUUUCCUCACUCUAAUGGUUCGGGAUUACUUCACAGCCACAGAAAACACCAGCUUCCUGAGGAAAGCUGUACCUGCUUUAGAAAGGGAAUACAACUUUUGGAUGCAGAAUCGUUCCAUCAUAGUUGAAGUGGAUGGGAAGAAGCAUGUUGUUAACUACUACAAUGUGCAAGUUGGUCAGCCAAGACCAGAGUCCUACACUGAUGAUUUGGACCUUGCUGAACACAUGUCAGAAGGGGACGAGGAAAGGUUAUUUGCAGAACUGAAGGCAGGGGCAGAGUCUGGUUGGGACUUCAGCUCACGAUGGUUUGCUGGCAACAAGGACUCCAACGAUGCCACCUUGAAGGACAUAUAUACCUCAGCAGUCAUCCCGACUGACCUCAAUGCCCUCAUGUGCCUCAAUGAGUACACUCUAGCCCAGUUCCAUCGUACACUGGGCAAUGAUGCUGCAGCUCAGCGCUACUCCGAAGCGUACGCUAACCGACUGGCCGCUGUAGAGGCAUUGCUGUGGAACUCAGAGAGAGGGGUUUGGUUUGAUUACAGUUUGCGCACAAACAGCAGCAACUUUGCUUUCUACCCAUCAAACCUGGCUCCUCUUUGGGCACGCUGCUUCAGUCACAGUGACAUGCAGCUCAGGGCUUUUGAAUACCUAAAGGAGAGUGGAGCAUUGAAUUAUCCGCAUGGUGUUCCCACCUCCCUCCACAACAGCAGAGAGCAGUGGGACAUGCCCAAUGCGUGGUCCCCCCUCCAGCAGAUGCUUAUCCAGGGUUUAUCAGAUAUCCCCUCAGAGGACCCUAAAGACCUGGCGUUUGAGUUGGCCCAGAAGUGGAUCCAAACCAACUGGGCAGCUUACUCAACAUAUGAAGCCAUGUUUGAGAAGUAUGAUGUCAACGCAGGAGGAAAGCCUGGUGGGGGAGGCGAAUAUGAAGUUCAGCUGGGCUUUGGUUGGACCAAUGGUGUAGCCUUGCAGCUCUUGGAUCACUAUGGCGAGAGGCUAUGUUCAGCAGGAGCUGGUUUGAAUGGCUUCAGACUACUGAUCUGGAGCCUGUCGCUGCUCUUCACCAUACUGCUCCUGCUGCUGUAGGGAUGGAGUCAUGCUACCAGAGAGAUGUUCACAAUUGUCCCCGUAACAAACAUGAUGAAGGCAACUUCAAAGCAACAAUAAUCAAGCUGAGGAAUAGGUUGAUUACUUAUGUUCCCCUUCACCUCACUAUCAUUGACACUUAGAUAUAGAGUAAUCAAGUUAUAAUCAGGUUAUACUUGACAUAAGCUGCUUCACUCAGUGAAUAAUGAGGCAUACCUUUUUUGCUGUGUUUACUGUGUUCUCUAUUUGGGAAUUGAAUGAUAAUGCAAUGUCUUCCAACCUUUAUGUCAGUUUUCUUUUUCAUUUUCUCCGUUCUGAAAAGACUAUUUUGAACAAUAGAAAUACUGUCCUUUGGAGAUCAUCUUGUCCUGGGCCUGAGUAAGACACAGGUUGCUUCAAAUCUUUGCAAGCUGGCUAACUGUUAAAUUAAAUGAGCUGUCAAGUUGAAGUUUAACUAAUGUGGUUUGAGCUGAAUAUCAAUGCAAACCAACACUAAGACGGUGUUUGGUCAAUCCAAGGGACUGGAUUCCCAAACAUUUCAAGAGUAACCUUGAAUGUCAAAUGCAGUGAGGUGUGCUAAGACCUAUAUUUAGACCUAUACAUUGUUGCAUAUCCCAACGCAGGCAAGCCGACUCCUUCAUAAUAGGAAAUUAAUGUUACCGUUGCUUCUGAGUGAUUUCCUGAAAUAUCAAAAAAUGUAAGGGCUUUGUAGACAUGAUUUCAUGAGUUGUCUGAAGAAAUAGAGUAAUUUAUUAUGGAGAGAUUUAUGUCUCAAAAUUAUUUGUAAAUGCAUGUACCACGAUCCACAAAUAUUCAACGAUUUACAUUUUGUUUCCAUCCACAUACAGCACUCCUUACUUGUGACUCAUUGUCAUUUUGAGUUGUGACAAGUUGUCAAUUGAAUAAACGUACUAUGAUUUCUA